UACACUCAUCAUUAAAAAAAUACUCUCAUCUUUGUUAAAAAUUAAUAUACAGAAACAUUAUUAUUAUUAAGCUAAGAUAAAGAGAAAAAAAAAUGGUAGUUCGUUCUAAUAAUAUUAGAGCAUUACCAUCAUUAUUACUAGUUCUUCCCAUUAUUGUUGUGUUAUUAGUUUCCUUAGCACCAUGUUCAACUUCAGCUUCAAAUUCAAAUCCCUCAGCUCACAAUACAUUCAUUCAUUGCCUUGUAAACCAUUCAGAUUCUUCUCACCCAAUAAGCUCAGCAAUUUUCACACCAAGAAAUGCCUCAUUCACUUCGGUGCUGGAUUCCUACGUUAGAAACCUUCGUUUCAACACGUCGACAACAAGAAAACCAUACCUCAUAAUCACUGCUUUGCAUGUAUCUCACGUGCAAGCAGCGGUUGUUUGUGGUCAAAGGCACAACCUGCAAAUGAAAAUCCGAAGCGGCGGGCAUGACUACGAAGGAGUGUCAUAUGUGGCUGAAGUGCCGUUCUUCAUCCUAGACAUGUUCAACCUGAGAUCAAUUGAGGUUGACAUAGAAAGUGAAACAGCUUGGGUACAGGCUGGUGCACAGUUAGGUGAGGUGUACUAUAAUAUUGCUAAGAAGAGUAAAGGUCAUGGAUUCCCAGCAGGGGUUUGUCCCACAGUUGGUGUUGGAGGGCACAUAAGUGGUGGUGGCUAUGGCAAUAUGAUGAGAAAAUAUGGUCUUUCAGUCGACAACGUUGUUGAUGCACAAAUAGUUGAUGUUCAAGGUAGACUACUUGAUAGAGAAUCAAUGGGCGAAGAUCUGUUUUGGGCCAUUAGAGGUGGCGGUGGUGGAAGCUUUGGUGUUGUGAUUGCCUACAAAAUCAAGCUUGUUAAAGUCCCAGAGAAAGUAACUGUGUUCAGUGUUUAUAGAACCUUAGAAGAAAAUGCCACUGACAUAGUUUAUAAUUGGCAACAUGUUGCACCUACCAUUGACAAUGACCUCUUCAUUAGGCUUAUCAUGGAUGUGGUGAAUGCAACACAAAAUAAUGGAACUAAGACUCUUAGGGCUAACUUCAUAGCCUUGUACCUUGGUGACUCCAAAACCCUAAUUUCUCUCUUGCAUGACAAGUUUCCUCAAUUGGGUUUGAAGCAACAAGAUUGCAUUGAAACAACUUGGCUUCAAUCGGUGCUCUUUUGGACUAACAUCAACAUUUCAACUCCUCUUGAGGUCUUGCUUGAUAGGCAACCACAAUCACCAGUCAACUUCUUGAAAAGGAAAUCUGAUUAUGUGAAGAAACCAAUUUCAAAAGAGGGUUUGGAAGGAAUUUUCAACAAGAUGAUUGAGUUGGUAGAUACUAUACUGUAUUUCAAUCCUUAUGGUGGAAGAAUGGCUGAGAUUCCAUCAACAGAAACUCCUUUUCCUCAUAGGGCUGGCAGAUUAUGGAAGGUUCAGUACCAAGCAAAUUGGAAAACUCCAGGGAAAGAUGUUGCUGAUUACUACAUUGACUUGACUAGGAAACUUCAUAAGUACAUGACUCCUUUUGUGUCCAACAACCCUAGAGAGGCUUUCUUCAAUUACAAGGAUCUUGAUUUGGGAAUUAACCAUAAUGGUAAGAACAGCUAUGUGCAAGGUAGGGUUUAUGGGGUUGACUAUUUCAAUCAAAACUUCAAUAGGUUGGUUCAAAUUAAGACCAAGGUUGAUCCUUCCAACUUCUUUAGGAAUGAACAAAGCAUCCCUACCCUGCCACAUUAGGGUAAUCAUCAUUCAAAAUUAUAUUAUUAUUGGGAAUAAAACUGGCUAUUUCAUGCUAGCUACA